AUGGAAACACAAAUUGUCAAAACAUUCCGACAAUUUGCAAAUAACGAAAAAGAAAGGCUUCAACAAAGAAAACAAGCUAUAUUCAAAAAAGAAAUGGAUGGAAAAUUAAAUUCACCAUUACCACAAGAUCUUAUACCAAUUUUGACAAAUGAUGAAUCUAAGCGUCAAAAACUUGCAGCUAAAUCUGUAACUACGAACAAUGAAAAAACAAAAGAUAAGGCACUAGAUAGAGCAACACUUAAAGAAGGGUUUAGUCCUUUUCAUAAAGGAAAACCAUUAGUAAAUCCAAGUUCAAUUGCACCAAUUUGGAAUUAUGGCACAAGACCAUUCAGACACCACUUUGUCACAUCUAAUUAUGAUGAAGAAAUAUAUCCUCAAGCAACGGUCAAUCCAGGCUAUGGAUUCACAAGUUAUCCUGUUGCACCACCUUUCCGAUAUCCAAAUGCAGCACAAUAUGGUGUAGUUCCACAGAUGCCUUUACAACAACCUACACCUAUGCCAUAUAUGCAACAAGGGUUUGUACCUGGUGUAUCAUUUCCUACGCCACCAAUUCCGCAAAAUGGUGCCCCUCCUAUUUAUAAUCAAAUGCAAACAAUCGUUCCACAGCAUUUUGGUUCACAAGGAUUUCCAUCUCCAGGACGUACACCAAUGGUUCCAGCUGGAAUGCAUCCACAAAUAUAUCAGCCAUAUCAAAACCCACAUGCAAUACCACAAAUGAUGAGAUAUCCACAUGAAAUGGUACCUCAAGUACCACCAAAUGGUGUAAUUUUGGGACAAAGGCCUAUGAUGAUGGAGCCUCAUUAUGUACCACAACCUGAAAAUAAUCAGAUGGGUAAAUUAAAAAAUUAA